CUACAAAAAAAUGGAGGACACCCCUCCCCCUUCCUGAGCUACAAGAAAAUGGAGGACAAAUUCUUCCCUUUUGAGCUACAAGACAAUGGAGUACACCCCUCCCCCUGUUUUUCACACAUGGAGCUGAAGUCAGAGACAGACAAAAAGCUGAAGGAGAAACUUCCGGAGCGAUCGGGCUGAAUCUUCUGCUCACCAUGAAGAAGACCGGCCUCCUCAGGAAGCACCCGGAGGAUUCUUCGCUGAUUGCGGGGUUCAGGAAAUACCUGGAGGUCUCGUACUCCCACUCCUUCAUCAGGCAUCAGGUGCCCAGUGUGGCGCGGUACCUCUACUUCAUGGACCCCGGGGAAGUGUCGGUGAAAUGUAUCCACAACAUCCGGAAGACGGUGGAAUUCUUCGUCCAUCUGAACGCCCUGAACACCAGCAAGCCCACCGCCCGCAAUUACCUGGAGAGCAUCCGGAGCUUCGCGAGAUACGUGGCCUCCGAGGAACGCCUCCUCAAAGAGGACCCGUCUAUGCCACAGGCUGUGGAGAAGUUCCUCAAUGCAGCAAAAUACAUUCUGAUCGGAAUCCGAAGAAGAAGAGUCCCGGCAAAGCCCGGAAAGGAGAAUCAGAUCUGUACUCCGGAGGGGUGUCAGAGGUUGCUGACCACCGUCAAGCCGUACUUUCUGAGUCUGAUUAGUCGGGCGACAUCGGGGAGCGAGCUGGAGGACCGGGACUACAUUGCGGUGUGUAAUUAUCUGGUGGCCCUUCUUCUUCUCCAACACCUACAGAGACCCGGUGUGGUUCGGGAUAUGACGGUCCACCAGUGGCUGCUGCGGUCCCACCUUACCGUCCAGGUUGACAAGGACACGGUUGAAGUUGCCAUCAUCAGGGUAGAGUACAGGACGGCGGAGAUCACACAGACCGCUAUAAUCGCCUUAGAAAAAGAGGAGGAGAUGUGGUUUGACACGUUCUUCAGAAAGAUCCGACCCGUCUUCAUGAAGAACAUGAACAAAGGAGAACAUCACUUCUUCGUAUCUUCCAAUGGCGGGAAAAUGAAGAAUCUGACUUACACCCACAAAAGAUUCCAGGAAAGGUUCCAUCUUCCGGUGGUGAAACUUCAGCAGGCGAGGAAAGUCUUUGGCCAGUGCUGCUUGUCCGGGUGUAACGAUGAAGAUAAACAGCUGCUGAAAAGAUACCUGAGACCCUCCGAACCGGGAGCGGCCGAAAACUCGGAGGCGGAUCUGGCGCGGGCGACUGUCAUGGUGAGCAGGAUGCAGAAACAUUGGAGCCCUUCGCCCUCCAGGGACGUGGACCUCAAGGGGCCGGGGGGUGAAGGUGAGGACAAUAGUGCCGGCGUGGCCCUCAUGGAGGAGAAGGAGAUGUGUUUUAAGAGGACUGAAGAUGUCUAUCCUAUCAGCAUUAACCGUGCUGGCCCAGGUAUCAAGGCCUGUAACGUCAUAUCCAAAGCACACGGCUCGUACUGCUACAAGCGCUGGAGGAGACAGCAGUACAGGAUGCGCGUGGAGGACGUCAUCGGACGUUUCAAAAGGAAGCCACCAACAGAAGACCAGAUCCGCUCCUACAUGAAGGUGCAAGGCUGGAAGUACAAUGCCCCGAGACUCCCGGAUAUUCUGGAGAGCUGGAAGCCUAGCGUGGAUCGAGGGAAGGUGGAUCACACCGAAGAAAUAGAAAGGCUGGUGGACUCCCAGGACUGGAAAGGACUGGCCAUCGUGGAGGACCGAGCCGGAAACACGGGAGAGACGGUCAUCACUACUCUACCCUUCCAGAAAGGAGACUUUGUGUGCGACUGCCAUGGGCCCGUGGUGAGCCACGAACGUGGGGAGGAGAUUAUGAACUCCAUUGGUCCGGGAGAGAUGUGCUACUUGUAUUUCUUCAAGGACAAUAAAAGCCAGAGGAGGCUUUGCAUCGACGCCCAAAACGUCCCGUGCCCCUGCCACCCUGGACUGUCCACCUACGGCAGGAAAAUCAACCAUUCCAAGAGGAAGCCGAACCUCAAACCCGAAGUGAGAUAUCUGAAGAACGGCACCUCCCCCGUCAUACUGCUGAUGGCCAAAGAAGACAUCGACGUGGGAACUGAGCUCACCUUCGACUAUGGCGUCACCAUGCACAUUCAACAGAGACACAUGGCACAUCAGGAGGUGACACUCAGAUCUGGGCAUGAGCCAUCCCAGUCAAUGCCCCUCAUCCCCCAUGAGCAGGAGAUGUCACGUGUCCCACAGGAGAUGGAGCAGGUCUUGCAUGUCCCACAGGAGCAGGAGAUGCGUAAGGUGUCACAAGUCCCCCAUGACCAGGAGCUGGAGCCAGUCUCGCAUGUCCCUCAGGAGCAGGUGUCACGUGUCCCUCAGGAACAGGAGAUACAGCAGACGUCUCAUGUCCUCCAGGAGCAGGAGAUGAAGCUGGUUUUACAAGUCUCUCAGCAACAGGAGAUGGCGCAGGUGUCACAUGUCCCUCAGCAACAGGAGAUGGCGCAGGUGUCACGUGUCCCUCAGGAACAGGAGAUGGCGCAGGUGUCACAUGUCCCUCAGGAACAGGAGAUGAAGCAGGUGUUGCAUGUCCCUCAGGAACAGGAGAUGGAGCAGGUGUCAUAUGUCCCUCAGGAACAGAAAAUGGAGCAGGUGUCACAUGUUACUCAGGAACAGGAGAUGGAGCAGGUGUCGCAUGUCCCUCAGGAACAGGAGAUGGCGCAGGUGUCACAUGUUACUCAGGAACAGGAGAUGGAGCAGGUGUCACAUGUUACUCAGGAACAGGAGAUGGAGCAGGUGUCACAUGUCCCUCAGGAACAGGAGAUGGAGCAGGUGUCACAUGUUACUCAGGAACAGGAGAUGGAGCAGGUGUCACAUGUCCCUCAGGAACAGAAGAUGGAGCAGGUGUCGCAUGUCCCUCAGGAACAGGAGAUGGAGCAGGUGUCACAUGUCCCUCAGGAACAGGAGUUGGAACAGGUGUCACUUGUCCCACAGAAGCAGGAGAUGCAGCAGGUGCCAUGUGUCCACCAGGAGAUGCCGCAAGCCUCAAAUGUCCUCCAGGAUAUGAAGCUGGUGUCACAUGUCUCCCAAGAACAGGAGAUGAAUCGGAUGGAUGGGUUAUCACAUGUCCCCCAUGACCAGGAGCUGGAGCUGGUGUCUCAUGUCCCCAAGAAGCAGGAGAUACAGCAGAUGUCACAUGUCCCCCAGGAGAUGCAGCCAGCCUCAAAUGAUAUCCAGUGUGUUACCCAGGAGAUGGAGCAGGUGUCGGAUGUCCCUCAGGAACAGGAGAUGCAGCAGGUGUCGUGUGUCUCCCAGGAGAUAGAGCAAGCCUUGCAUCUCUCCCAGGUGAUGGAACAAGCCUCAGAUGUCUCCCAGGAGACGAAGCAAGCCUUGGAUGUCUUCCAGGAGACGAGGCAAGCCUCUGAUGUCUUCCAGGAGACGAAGCAAGCCUCUGAUGUCUUCCAGGAGACGGAGCAAGCCUCGAAUGUCUUCCAGGAGACGGAGCAAGCCUCGAAUGUCUUCCAGGAGACGGAGCAAGCCUCGAAUGUCUUCCAGGAGACGGAGCAAGCCUCGAAUGUCUUCCAGGAGACGGAGCAAGCCUUGAAUGUCUUCCAGGAGACGGAGCAAGCCUCGAAUGUCUCCCAGGAGACUGAGCAAGCCUCAGAUGUCUCCCAGGAGACGGAGCAAGCCUCAGAUGUCUCUCAGGAGACAAAGCAAGCCUCAAAUGUCUUCCAGGAGACGGAGCAAGCCUCAGAUGUCUCCCAGGAGAUGAAGAAAGCCUCAGAUGUCUCCCAGGAGACAAAGCAAGCCUCGGAUGUCUUCCAGGAGACGGGGCAAGCCUCGGAUGUCUUCCAGGAGACGGGGCAAGCCUCGGAUGUCUUCCAGGAGACGGGGCAAGCCUCGGAUGUCUUCCAGGAGACGGGGCAAGCCUCGGAUUUCUUCCAGGAGACGGGGCAAGCCUCGAAUGUUUUCCAGGAGACGGGGCAAGCCUCAAAUGUCUUCCAGGAGACGGUGCAAGCCUCGAAUGUCUUCAAGGAGAUGAAUCUGGUGUCGCAUGUCUUCCAGGAGAUGGAGCAGCUUUUACAUGUCCCACAAGAACAGAAUAUGAAGCUGGUGUCACAUGUAUCCCAUGGUCGGGAGAUAUUGAAGGUGAAACGUAUCCCCCAGGAGCAGGAAAAGGGACCAGUGUCAUAUGUCCCUCAGGAGUCUCAUAUCCAAGAACUGCAGCGGACCUUGCAUGUCCCCCAGGAACAGAAGGAGCGGAUCUCGCAUGUCCCCAGAGACCAGGAGCGCGCCUCGAGAGAGGAAUCCAUCAGUGAUCUGCAUGAAGAUGGCAACGAUCUUCCCAAACCUUCUACUUUAUCUCCGAAUGCCACACAGCGAGAGGCAGCAGAGACUUCAUCCACAACUUCUGAGGGCAUAGUACCUCCAGAGUCGGAGCCCAUGGAGGCUGAGGAGGAUGAUGGAGCCCGUAGUGAGCAGUCAGAGCCAUCACGGGUUGAGUUCCAGGUUGGAUCGGGAGGAUCUGGAAUUUCUGUGGAUCCGGAGCCAAUGGAGACGGAGGAGGAGGGAGCCGAUUCUCAGCUGCCAGGGCCGUCAUGGGCUGCACUCCAAGCUGGGUUAGAGGGGUCUAGAUGCCAGACCUUCGCCCCGACCUUCCUCCUGAAACCAGAUUCGGAAAGUGAGGAUGAGACGUCAUUGGAGGAAGAGCCAUUGGACCUUUCCAGCACUGCACCCCUCCCCCACAGUCCCCAGGAUGGGUCAGGAGAGUCUAAAGGCCCGACCUUCACCCUACAACUGGAGUCUGAGAGCGAGGAUGAGGCUUCAUCAAUGGAAGAGCCGUUGGACCUUUCCUGCUCUGCCCCCCUCCCCCACAGUCCCCGGACGUCAUAUCCUUUGUUCCGCUCCCCACCCUCAUACAUGGAUGUGCCCACACCAACCACUGGAGCAUAUUCCCCAGGACCGGUCAUGGAGGACUGCCCCCCAUCUGCCCCCGGCAGCCCCCCUCCUCCUCCACCGCUGAACAGUGACUCGCAGCUGUGGCUGCUCUUCGAGGUGCAAAGGCAGCAGCUGCUUCUGCAGAGGAGGUCACAACGGACUCAUGACCUGCAGGUGCAGCAACAGAGGCGGCACUUCCUGGCCAUGCAGAGAGGACAACAGUGCAUUGAGCGCCACUUGCUCACCAUAAGCCGAAAGCUGGAGGAUAUCCAUCGGGGGCUCCGCCCGGCCACGAGGGCGGAGCCCACACAAAGAGCCCGGACAGCACGGGGUAGGAGAAGUCGUCCACACGAAGAAAAGGAAGGGGGCUCCUUGUAAGGGGCCCCUCCAGUGUAUAUUUGUAAAAAGUAUAUUUUAUUGUUCGUAAAAGAUGUUACAUCUACGCUCCUGAUGAAGGCGUUUGGAUUAAAAUUGCGUAGGGUGGGACUAAGCACAUGACUCCCUGCUCACAAGCCUGGAGUUCUUGAUCUGCCAAGCAGAGAUAUUCGGGUUUAAAGUGAUACGAGACGUGGAGCUUGUGCCUCAAGACCGCCUUUCUGACGGGGGGGUGAUGGAGAUUCACAGAAUGGACCAAUCGUGGUGCUACGGGUGAAGAUUGAUGGAAAAAGGUCCAUAUUUAUUUCACUCGACUCCAUUUAUGGUGGAGAUUUCUUCUCGGGACUCUGAACAUUCGGAGAACAUUCCUUUACAUUUUCUAGUGGUACAGCUUGCACUUUUGUUUGAUUUACGUAUUCAUUUUGUACAUAAUAUUUAUUCGGUUGUAUAGAGCACUGCUUUUAUAGGAUAUUCAUCUGAAGAUUGGCAAAAGAAAAAAUCCUCUAUAGCUUUAAUGAACCAACGUCCCCGGAGAAAUCACUUCUGAGAUGCCCCGUCCUCUUCCUGAAUCUCAACUUCUGAAUCCUGGAGAAAUCACUGCAGGGACGCCCUGUCCUCUUCCUUAAUCUAAACAUCUAAAUCCUGGAGAGAUCACUGCAGGGAGGCCCUGUCCUAUUCCUGAAUCUAAACGUUUGAAUCUCACUGCAGGGAUACCCCAUUCACUUCCUGACUAUGAACUUCGGAAUCCUGGAGCGAUCACUGCAGGGAGGCCCUGUCCUCUUCCUGACUCUGAUCUUCCAAAUUCUGGCGAGAUCACUGCAGGGAUGUCCUGUCCUCUUCCUGAAUCUGAACUUCUGAAUCCUGGAGAGAUCACUGCAGGGACGCCCUGUCCUCUUCCUGAAUCUGAACUUCUGAAUCCUGGAGAGAUCACUGCAGGGAUGCCCUGUCCUCUUCCUGAAUAUAAACUUCUGAAUCCUGGAGAGAUCACUUCUGAGAUGCCCUGUCCUCUUCCUGAAUCUGAAUCCUGGAGAGAUCACUUCUGGUAUGCCCUGUCCUCUUCCUGAAUCUGAAUCCUGGAGAGAUCACUUCUGAGAUGCCCUGUCCUCUUCCUGAAUCUGAAUCCUGGAGAGAUCACUACAGGGAUGCCCUGUCCUCUCCCUGAAUCUAAACAUUUGACUCUCACUGUAUACGGGAUGACCCAUCCUCUUCCUGACUCCACAAUACUAACUCCACUGCAGGGCUGCCCCAUCCUUCUUCUCUUUUUUCUGACCUUUCAACACUUCAGGUCUUCUGUGAAGCUGCUGUGAAAAUGUUUCUGCUGAGCACUCGCCACUCCUCCCCCUUACCCCCCGCCCCACCCCCUCUCCUUUAUUGAGGAAUGUGCAUUGGUUACACUGCCUGUAACACAAUCCCAGAAAAUCCAAAGCUGUUAACCUCCGCAGCAUCAGAAGUUUAGAGACAGGAAGAGGAGGGGGCAUCCCUACACAGAAGACUUCUUCAGGGUCCAGCUGCCUGUCUAACGUGGGACAUCUUUCUCAGAUCACUAAAGCUAUAGAGAAUGUAUGCAGGAUUUUUUCAUACGCCUGAACUGUACAAUGUAAUAUAUUGUAAUGUUUUAUAUACUCCAUAUUCUUAAUAUAUUGUCAUUUUUUUACAUUUUUAUGUUAAAAAAAACUUUUGCCUUAAGGAGAGAAGGCUUCUUCCAAGAUUUGGAUUCAGUAAAAUUUUUAAUUCC